UCUGUCCAACUGUUAUCCCACAGCGCUUGCGUAAACGCUGAAAUUAUAGAUAUUUUCCUUCCCGUAGAGAAAAAAGUAGUGACGAUUCUAGAAGAUAACCCUUACACAAUGUUACUGUUGCGAGCAAACUUUCUGCACGCAGGCGCCCACGGUUAACUCUCGGAGAUCGCGUGCAGCUCUUGCAGUCGGAAUCGAAAGCACAGUGCGAUCGAGCAAUUAAGGAGCAAAAAUUAGGAAUAAAAAGAAACGCGCGGAUGUCGUCGGUCGACCGUCACACGUUAGUUCGAAACAUCAAUUACAGAUCCGACGCGGAGUACGUGGUGAAGGUCGCAAAAUUUCUCUUAACACCUGUCGGUAUCUGGCCUCUCUACGGAGAUGGCUCCACGUUCAGUAGAGUCAGGACUGUUUUCCAGACGAGCUUCAUAUUCAGCUUGAUGUGCUUUCUGCUCGUUCCGCAUAUCAUCUACACCUUCUUCGACGCGGAGAACCUGACCAGAUACAUGAAGGUGAUAGCCGCUCAGGUGUUCAGUCUGCUCGGCAUCAUCAAAUUCUGGACGAUGAUCAUCAACAAGAACAAGAUCAAGCGCUGCUUGCAGCAGAUGGAGAUACAAUACAGGGACGUGGAGUGCGAGGAAGAUCGAAUGGUGAUGGUCCGAAACGCCAAGGUUGGCAGGCAGUUCACAGUGAUGUAUUUAGGAUUGUUAUACGGCGGAGCGUUGCCUUAUCACAUAAUUAUGCCAUUGGUGGCGGAGAGAAUCGUCAAGGAGGACAACACGACGCAGUUGCCAUUGCCAUACCUCAGCGACUACAUCUUCUUCGUGGUGGAGAACUCGCCGUUCUACGAGAUCCUCUUUGUCACACAGAUCCUCUUCAGUACCAUCAUCCUGUCUACAAACUGCGGUGUUUACAGCCUAAUCGCCACCUGCGUGAUGCACGCCUGCUGCUUGUUCGAGAUUACGCGUAGGCAAUUGGAAGCGAUAGUCAUGAAUGGGACCGACGACUUGCACGAACGAUUUGGCCGGAUAAUUACGCAGCACAUGCAAGCUCUCAGAUUUGCCGAAAUGAUCGAAAAUUCAUUAAACAUCAUCUUUCUGUCGGAAGUGGUUGGAUGCACCAUUAUCAUAUGUUUCCUCGAGUACGGAGUCUUUAAGGAAUGGGAAGAUAACCAAAUGUUCGGUAUGGUCAUAUAUACAAUUUUAAUGGUGUCCAUUCUGGUGAACAUCUUCACCUUGUCAUCAAUCGGCGAUCGUCUUAAGGAAGAAAGCGAAAAGAUCGGAGAAACGUCGUACUUCAUCGAUUGGUAUACAUUACCCGCCAAAAACGUGAGCAAUUUAAUAAUGGUGAUGAUCAGGUCGAGUCGUCCGUCGGCCUUAACUGCCGGUAAGAUGUUUGACAUCUCACUUCAAGGUUUCUGCGACGUAUGCAAAACAUCAGCGGCGUACUUCAAUUUCAUUCGAAUGGUAGCGGCGUAAGGCGUCACUUGAAUUAAACAUUGAACUUGAAUUAAAAUUGAAAUAUCGACUGUUUUGCUCAUAUAACAUAUUAAUUUCUUACUUUCACUCAAUCACAAAUACAACACCCAUCAUCUCA